CUGAGAUGCAGCUGAGAAGGCUGUCCCGUUUGAAUGUGCAGGGAUUGGAAGGGACCAUUUCCAUGGACCAUCUGUCUCACAGGCUAGAGAUACAACAAAGGGAGCCAGGAUGGUGUUAGUACAUGUCGGAUAUUUGGUUCUUCCCGUAUUUGGCUCUGUAAGAAAUAGAGGGGCACAAUUCACCAGGCAUCAGCACAGCCAUGCUACCUCAUGCCGACACUUCCACCUAGGGGCCCCUCAGGCGCCCAUCUCAGCUGAGUUCCCCUUGGGUCACCAGCCAACCCCCCCCCAGACUGGCCUGGCCCCUCACCAGCCCCCGGCCCCCCACCACCCACCAUCCCUGCCGGCCCCCCCUCAGUUCCAGGACGUUACUGGGCCUCCGUUCCUACCUCAGGCCUUACACCAGCAAUACCUCAUCCAGCAGCAGCUUCUAGAGGCGCAGCACCGCAGGAUCCUCCCACACUCCAGACGAACUCUGGAGCGUGCUCCUCUGAACCCUCACAGACUCCGCUCAGGGUACGACUACUCCCCUCCCCUCCAUAUCCCCCAGGCAAUCAGCCAGCAGCCGCGCUACCUGGCCGAGGGCACAGACUGGGACCUUAGUGUGGACGCUGGCCUCUCUCACCAACAGUACCAGCUCCAGCAGCUUCCACAGCACUAUCAGCAUUACCUGGCGGCAUCCCCCAGAAUGCACCACUUUCCCAGGAACACCUCAUCUGCACAAGUGGUUGUGCAUGAGAUUAGAAACUACCCGUACCCCCAGCUUCACCUGUUGGCUCUGCAGGGCCUCAACCCCUCACGUCACGCUUCCGCUGUACGAGAGAGCUAUGAGGAGCUGUUGCAGCUUGAAGACAGGUUGGGAAGUGUCAGUAGGGGAGCGGUUCAGACCACCAUAGAGAGAUUCACCUUCCCACACAAAUACAAGAAGAGGAAGCCUCUGGAUAUGAAGAUUGGCGAGGAGGGUGAGGAGACUGAUGUGGAUGAGAAAUGUACCAUCUGCCUGUCGAUGCUGGAGGAGGCAGAGGACGUCAGGCGUUUACCCUGCAUGCACCUCUUCCACCAGGGCUGUGUGGAUCAGUGGCUGGCGACAAGCAGGAAGUGUCCAAUCUGCCGCGUGGACAUCGAGACGCAGCUCCACCCAGACAGCUGAUGUCACAGGGGUGGAGCCUGACGGUCUGGCUGCUGUCAAUCACCCUGGCGUGGAUCCUGCUCCCUUCCACCCGGCCCUGCCUCUCCCAACAUGGGUGCUUUGCCAAAUGUCUCCAGUCGUCACGUGACAUCAUAGCUCUCUCUGACUCACGCUUUACUGAGCCAAUCCAGGAUUACUUACUGCACGAGAGACCGGAGACUGACUCUCUCUCUCUCUCUCUCUCUCUCUCUCUCUCUCUCAAUAAAAGCACAUCCCCAGCAAAAAGACAUGCAAACACUCACUCACACAUACAUUACAUACUAUAUACACAUGUGCACACAGGGUUUACUAGUUGCUUGCUGGUGGUUGGGUGUCGUUGCUGUUGUGUUGUAGUUAGGGGAGGCAGGUGUGUUUCCUGUGUCUUUGUAGCAUGUUCUUAAAGCCAUGACAUUAAUGUACAGAGUGAAAAGCACACAACCCCACUUGCCAGCCAGCCUGCCACAUACACACACACACUGCUUAUUCUGCCACAACAGGAAGCUAAUCAACCACUUAAAAGCCCUGUCGCCAUGUUUGCCUACAGAUCAUUUGUGGUAGUACAGUAGCAGCAUCAGACACAGUGGUAUUUUGACCCCUCACUUUGUUAUAAGAGGGGGACUGAGUGUUCAGAUCUCACCCAUCUUCUACUUUUUGCAAUACAGUAGUUGUACAUUUGCUUGGGACUGAUGCUGCCAUCAGUGUUCGGACAAAAUACAACUAUUUCACUGCUGUCAUGUCGGCCUGCCCCAAUGCAUGGGGUGGCGUGUGUUUUUGAGUAAAUACAGAGGUUAGUGAGUGUUUUUAACCAAAUGUGUUAUGGUAUUGCUUGACCUGCCGCAAUGUGUGUGUUCUGCCCCAGUGUGUGGGUUUCAGUGUAUGUUUAACCAAUGCUUGCGCGUGAGUGACAAACUUAAAGUGCAGGUUCAAGUGUGUGUUAAGGGUAAUGUAGAAGUUAGCUUAACAGUGAUUUGAUUGGAGUGCUUGUAGAAUACAAAGCCAAAUAAGGAAUACAAUUAUUAUUAUUUUUAAAUGUAGUAGGACUUAUCCCCCAUCAUGCACUGCAGUGACUGAGUGAGAUGUGGGGCCUUCUGCUUAAGCAGAAGUGUUAGCUGCCCUGAAAACAGCGACUCUGUGCCAUCCACUCCUGUCGCAGGUGUUAAGGCUGAGCAGUGUAGUGAAAUGCAUGUUUCAAUGUUGGCUUGGGCUGUCGUGUUAGCGUUCAAACAAAAAAAAUGGAGGGCAGAGGAGGGUGUUGUCUGUGCAUGACUUAGUUAAUCUGAGCUGUGAUUAUCAACUCAACACAAACAAACAAAUGAAGAAAAAGGGAGCACGAUGUCAGUGGUUGUCCCUGACCUGUAGCGUGUGUUCAUACUGUCCCUUUUUGGUGGCAAACAAAAUGGAAUCCUAUUGUUUACCUUAUUGCCUAAAGAACAAGCACAUGUGAUAGAUAUAGCAACAACCUCUUUUUGUUAUUGCAUUUGCGUUGGUUUCCGUAUAUUUAGGUAUAAACGCGCACUGUUUUGGACCGAGUGAGGAGCUUGUGUGUUGAACUUGUUUUUAUGUGUCAGAUCUCCCCUCGUGGUUGCUAUGCUGGUUGCUAUGCUGUAUUGCUAGAACAACAAUGUAGAAUGUUGUGUGAUGGGGCAGUAUCCUCCCCACAGUGCAUAUGGACAGGACUGGGCUGGGGUCAAAAUGAGGACCAAAAUAACGGUCAGAGGACACUUUUUGUUGUAAAAAAAAACAACUAUAAAUGUUGAUAUUGUGUGUGCUUUCCUUUUGUUUUGUUGCUAUGUUAUGUCUGAGUCAAUGUGCAUGAACACUACAUAGGUUUUUAAGGAUUGGCACAGGUCCUGUAUUAGGACAGACCCUAAAUGCCCUGUAGACUGAAGGAUGAGUUGUGACGGAUUGGGACUGACCCUAACUGUCCUGUAGACUGAAGGAUGAGUUGUGACGGAUUGGGACUGACCCUAACUGUCCUGUAGACUGAAGGAUGAGUUGUGACGGAUUGGGACUGACCCUAACUGUCCUGUAGACUGAAGGAUGAGUUGUGACGGAUUGGGACUGACCCUAACUGUCCUGUAGACUGAAGGAUGAGUUGUGACGGAUUGGGACUGACCCUAACUGUCCUGUAGACUGAAGGAUGAGUUGUGAUGGAUUGGGACUGACCCUAACUGUCCUGUGCACUGCCAGUGUUGAUACUGACUCCUCCUUUAGUCUAGUUUUUUAUGGGAAGUUUCGAUAGUUUACACAGGGUGUUGUCAGUUGAGAUGCCUUAAGUAUUUAACAAUCAUUAUUUAUUACUAACUGUAGAUAUCGUGUGUACGUAUUUAAUUUUAUAUAGUUUUUUUCUGCAAUUGAAUCAUUUAUUUAUUUAGAUAUAACACAAUGGUUUAAAAAAAAUUGAACGAUUACCUCUUUUUUGCAUUUUUUCAUUGUUUUAAUUCAAUGGGAAUGCUUCGCAUGCAGUUGUAUUUUUCCUGAAGAAACUAAACUAAAAAGACCUGCUGUUUGAUCUCUCUCCCCGAGCCGGCUGUGUUAUGUUUACUGUCCCGGGCUGAGCUGUCGAGCCUGCUCUUCUCAUGUGGUGCUGUGGAUAGUGGUGCUGUGGAUAUCUUGGUUACAUUCCAUUCAAUGCAAUUUUCUCUGAUCCCUAUGCUGUGAUGUAGUGGACAAACUGCAAUGGAGUGAAAUGUUUUUAAGUUUGUAAUUUGUCUUGUUUUGCACUCAGUUUUAACAUGGGAACCCUCUCACUGGCAUAAAGCAGUUACGAUCGUAGAUGUAUUGUUAUUAUUACUGUAUACUUUGUCAUUUCCAGUUCUCUGCCUCUCAUCCCUCUCUCCUUUCUUUAAAAAAAAAGCAUGUUCCUUUUCUGUGUUGGGAUAUUUCUCCUUCCCUCUUUUCCAAAUAUCUUGUAGUUUUGAGCCCAACAAGUGCCUCGCUUCUAGUGUUGAGAUAUUUCCUUAUGAUUGAAGCUAUUUUUGUUACCGAGCCACACAAACUCCUACGCUCAGUUACUCGAAAGCCAUCAUGCCUGAACUAGGUACAUAUUUAUCUGGAGGUCUUACUCCUGCAUUACACGGGCACCAUGAUGAACUGUAGGCUAUGUUCAAAUGCUGUUUAAUGUUGUAGUUCCUUUCUUAUUCCCUCCUCUCUCACUUCUCUCAUUGUCACCACUGACCAACCUGCAAGGUGAAGGAAAUAUGACCUUAGCCUCCAUAAGUGGAGUGUGGGAACUUUAAGGUGGUGUGGUCAGUGUCGUAUUGCUUUCACUAACCAAAUAGAUCUGUGGAUACCUUUAUGAGAAUAAAGAAAGCGGCAUUUUAGGAGUACUCGGAAAUUGACAUUUCUCUCCAUCUUUUUUAGUUUAACCCUGACCUAAUCUAAUAAUACCUUUUGAAAUAUUUUACUUUAUCGAUUAUACAAAUUAAGGAAAUAUUUGACAAAUCUUUGUGAAAAUGUUUCACUGUGUUCAUCUGCGCUACACUAAUUAUUAUUAUUAUUCCCUCUUUUCCUGCCUUUCCGUUCCCUCUUUUCCUGCCUUUCUGUUCCCUCUUUUCCUGCCUUUCUGUUCCCUCUUUUCCUGCCUUUCUGUUCCCUCUUUUCCUGCCUUUCCGUUCCCUCUUUUCCUGCCUUUCCGUUCCCUCUUUUCCUGCCUUUCUGUUCCCUCUUUUCCUGCCUUUCUGUUCCCUCUUUUCCUGCCUUUCUGUUCCCUCUUUUCCUGCCUUUCUGUUCCCUCUUUUCCUGCCUUUCCGUCCCCUCUUUUCCUGCCUUUCCGUUCCCUCUUUUCCUGCCUUUCUGUUCCCUCUUUUCCUGCCUUUCUGUUCCCUCUUUUCCUGCCUUUCUGUUCCCUCUUUUCCUGCCUUUCCGUCCCCUCUUUUCCUUUCCUUUAUUAUUUUGUCUUACCGUCCAUCCUUCCCUCCACUCAGAACCCAUCCAAUGUUUCCUAUCAAUCCUCUCUAUGUAAAACAAGAACAGACAGAGGAUCUCUUAAAGCACAACCUUACUAAAAAUGCAUGUUUUUCUCAGGUUUGAAUAUAUUCUUAAUGGUAUGUAAGUAUAUGGUGAAAAUAUUUGUAGAUAUACAAAGAAUAUUACAGAAUUAAUUUUGCUGCUGCUUGCAUCUGAAAAACUGAAGGAAAGAGAAAAUAUCUCAAAGUGCCAGUGAUAGGGCUGCCGCCAUCUUUGUAUAAGGUCUGCUGUUUAGCCGUGACUGCGCAAUGUUUUUCAAUAUAGGAGAUUUUAUCGGAGAAUAUAACUAUUUAUCAUUAAUAUUAAAGCAAUAGCUCAUUAAUGAUGAGUGUGUUGAUGAACUGGAUGAGCAUAUUGUGUAAAUGUUAGAUUCACAUUUGGUGGAAUUUUGUACUUUAUUUAUUACUACUAAUAAUGAUUUUAAAAGUUGCAUCGCUAAACCCAAACUGUUCUGUUUUUUUAUUUACAUUUUAUUUCAAGGCUGGUAUAUUAUCCUUUUUUGUAUGUGCUCUUUUUGUAAUAAAUUGGAUCAAA